GAGAGGAUGCUAAACAACAUGAUGGACACGGAGGAGGGAGAGGGGGGACCCAACAGCCAGGGUGAUGGAAAUCCCAAGGAGAGCAGUCCCUUCAUCAACAGCAGCAGUGCCAGUGAUGUGGAGAAGAGUCAGCAGUAUGAUGGCAAAAACAUGGCUCUUUUUGAGGAGGAAAUGGACACCAGCCCAAUGGUGUCGUCUCUCCUCAGCAGUCUGGCCAACUACUCCAACCUGCCCCAGGGCAGCAAGGAGCAUGAGGAGGCGGAAAACAACGAGGAGGGGGCCCGUCCUUCCAAGAAGCCCACCAAGGCUCCUCAGCUGGGCACUCUGAUGGGCGUGUACCUGCCCUGCAUCCAGAACAUCUUUGGAGUGAUCCUGUUCCUGCGGAUGACCUGGAUGGUGGGGAUCGGAGGGGUCUUGGGCUCCUUCAUCAUCGUCUUCAUGUGUUGCUCCACAACCAUGCUGACCGCCAUUUCCAUGAGUGCCAUUGCGACAAAUGGAGUUGUGCCAGCUGGAGGCUCCUACUACAUGAUCUCUCGUUCUCUUGGGCCUGAGUUUGGUGGAGCUGUUGGAAUCUGUUUCUACCUGGGAACCACGUUUGCGGGUGCCAUGUACAUCCUGGGCUCCAUAGAGCUUCUGCUGAUCUACAUCUUACCCCAGGCAGCCAUCUUUAAGCUGGAGGGCCUGGAGGGGCCCGAGGCCGAGGCAGCCCUGCUCAACAACAUGCGUGUGUACGGCACCAUCGUGCUCAGUCUCAUGGCCCUGGUGGUGUUUGUGGGGGUCAAAUAUGUAAACAAGUUGGCCCUGCUUUUCUUGGCCUGUGUCAUCCUGUCCAUUGUGGCUGUGUACGCUGGAGUCAUCAAGACUGCCAUCGAUCCUCCAGACUUCCCCAUCUGUGUGUUGGGAAAUCGAACACUGAUCUCCAAGGGCUUCGACGUGUGUGCCAAGGUCAUCGAGAAAGACAACGGUACCGUCACCACCAAGCUGUGGCGCAUAUUCUGUGACUCGCCCUUCCUGAACGCCACCUGUGAUGACUUCUUUGUCAACAACAACGUGACGGAGAUCCAGGGCAUUCCGGGGGUCGCCAGCGGCAUCCUGGCAGAGAACCUGUUUGGUUACUACCUGGAUAAGGGUGAUGUCUUGGAGAAACGUGGGGUGCCGUCCGUAGCGGACCCUGAUGCUCCCAUGACCAACAGCAACCGCUACGUCCUGGCUGACAUCACCAGCUUCUUCACCCUGCUGGUGGGGAUCUACUUCCCCUCCGUCACAGGUAUCAUGGCUGGCUCCAACCGCUCUGGAGACCUGCGUGAUGCCCAGAAGUCCAUCCCCAUUGGUACCAUCGCUGCCAUCACAACCACAUCUAUAGUGUACAUGUCUGCUGUGGUGCUGUUUGGAGCUUGUAUUGAAGGAGUUGUCCUUAGGGACAAGUUUGGUGAAGGGGUCAAUGGUAACCUUGUGAUAGGUACACUGGCAUGGCCUUCCCCUUGGGUCAUCGUGAUUGGCUCCUUCUUCUCUACUUGUGGGGCGGGGCUUCAGAGUUUGACCGGAGCGCCACGUCUCCUCCAGGCUAUCUCUCGCGAUGGCAUCAUCCCUUUCCUGAGAGUGUUUGGCCAUGGUAAGGCCAAUGGGGAGCCCACAUGGGCCCUGCUUCUCACAGCCGGUAUCUGUGAGAUUGGCAUCAUCAUUGCCUCCUUAGAUGCUGUGGCUCCCAUCCUGUCCAUGUUCUUCUUGAUGUGCUACAUGUUUGUCAACUUGGCCUGUGCCCUGCAGACUCUUCUGAGAACCCCGAACUGGAGACCUCGAUUCAAGUUCUACCACUGGGCUCUCUCCUUCCUGGGCAUGAGCUUGUGUCUGUCGCUCAUGUUCAUCUGUUCAUGGUACUAUGCCAUCGUCGCCAUGGUGAUCGCUAGCUGCAUCUACAAAUACAUUGAGUUCUGUGGGGCGGAGAAGGAGUGGGGAGAUGGGAUACGUGGCAUUUCCCUCAGCGCUGCACGCUUCGCCCUCAUGAGGCUGGAGGAAGGACCGCCGCAUACCAAGAACUGGAGGCCCCAGAUCCUGGUCCUGGUGAGCGUGGAUGCAGAGCAGAACGUUGAGCAGCCCCGCAUGCUGUCCCUGACCAAUCAGCUGAAAGCAGGAAAGGGUCUGACUAUUGUUGGCACGUCUGUGGAGGGCACCUUCCUCAACAACAGUGCAGAGGCCCAGAGGGCAGACCAGGCUCUGAGGAAGCUGAUGGAGACAGAAAAAGUGAAGGGCUUCUCACAGGUGGUCAUCUCCUCCAACCUGAGGGAUGGCACGUCGCACCUGAUCCAGGUUGGGGGUCUGGGAGGCCUGAAGCACAACACUGUGCUGGUCAGCUGGCCACGCACCUGGAAACAGCCUGAAGAAAACCUGCGCUUGAGGAACUUUGUUGAGGUGGUUAGAGAGACAACUGCAGCCAGCUUGGCCCUGAUCGUCCCUAAGAACAUUGCUGCGUACCCGUCCAAUGGUGAGCGCUUCACUGAAGGCCACAUUGACGUGUGGUGGAUCGUCCAUGAUGGAGGCAUGCUGAUGCUGCUGCCCUUCCUUCUUCGCCAGCACAAGGUGUGGAGGAAGUGCAAGAUGCGCAUCUUCACCGUGGCCCAGUUGGACGACAACAGCAUCCAGAUGAAAAAGGACCUGAUCACCUUCCUGUACCACCUGCGUAUUGAUGCGGAGGUGGAGGUGGUGGAGAUGCAUGACAGUGACAUCUCAGCCUACACUUAUGAGAAGACUCUGGUGAUGGAACAACGCUCGCAGAUCCUCAAACAGAUGCACUUGACCAAGAAUGAGAGGGAGAGAGAGAUCCAGAGCAUCACUGAUUCGUCCCGUGGCUCCAUCCGCCGUAAGAACCCGUCUAACCUGCGCCCCCAGCAGAGCACCAGCGAGGAGCCUGCUGGAGCCAGCCUGGCAGAGAAACCAGAGGAAGAGGUGCAGUUGAUCCACAAUAAGAAUGCCACGCCAACCUCCACCAGCCCCACCUCCCCCACCGGGCCUCCAGGGGGCGCUGGCACACCAGGGCAGGAGGUGCAGAUGACCUGGACAGAAGAGGCGGAGAAAGGGAAGAGCCAGGCAGCAGCCCACACAGACAGCAUCAAAGACAUCUUCAACAUGAAGCCGAACCAGUCGAAUGUGAGGCGCAUGCAUACAGCGCUGCGGCUCAAUGAGGUCAUCAUGAAGAAGUCUAAAGAGGCCAAGCUGGUUCUGCUCAACAUGCCCGGACCGCCUAAAAACCGCAUGGGCGACGAAAACUACAUGGAGUUCCUUGAGGUUCUUACAGAGGGGCUGAACCGGGUCCUAUUGGUUCGUGGGGGCGGACGUGAGGUCAUCACCAUUUACUCCUGAAGGGACAAUCUGACUGACAUAAUCCUGCCUCUCCCUGUGUCUACAUGGGUUGUGCCCGCCCUCCCCCACACACACCACCUCCACAUCAAUCAUCACAUAUCAGUCCACUUUGCACUAUGUAUCAUGGUCAUCCCCUGUACGCACACCCUUUAGGCACGAGCUAUGUCCACACAACAGAUUUUCAGACAACCACAACCAGCAUCAUAUGGAGGUGUAUAUUUGCUCCGACCAUUGUCUAGCCUAUAGAUAUGUGCAAUCAUCUCACCUAUAUACUUCAAUUGUCAGGUGAUAGAAAGCAGAUCAUUAGCAUA